UGCGGGUUUAUAAAGGCGCCAGACUGCAGUCUUUCCUGAUACUCGUGCUUUCUGGUCAUGCUUUUCUGAAAAACCUUCAGCAGCUACAGCCGAACAACAUGGUGUGCUGUGGAGUGCUGGUGGGACUCUCCGUGCUCUCCGUUCUCUCUCCUGCUGCUGGGGGUCGCAUCAAGAAUCUCCCAAAGAUCAUCAAUUUCCUCCAAAACAAUUAUUUAGAUGGCGAUCAGUUCGCCGUGGUCAUCAACGUCCCAGCUGAGAAGUGUUCCACUCGUAUAAAACCUGACCAGAACUUCCUCCCAGAUGAUUCUGCACUGAAAGUUAAAUGUGCCAUGAACAGCACUGUAAGGGUUUACAGAGGGCAGCAGCUGAUGGGUGCCAAACAAAAACCGAACAACGAAAUGAGCAGCUACCACCCUGAAUACCUUCUGCUGAUUCAGUCGAACCCACCAGAAAACGCCUCCUAUGAUCCGCUGCUGAAGAAGCUCCUGGAUAAAGACAAACACGGCUGUGUGGUUUUCUACACCUACAAGUCUCCCUGUGUGAACACCUGCUCAACACCUGAGGGAGCGUACAGCAUCCUCCCCGCCCUCGACAUGCUCAGGAACCACAAGGGUCCGAAAGCUUUCGUGUUUAGGAAAGUUUGGAAACGUAGCGUCGGUUCCGUUGAGGGGAAAGACGCGCAGCCUCGCCCAUUGUGGCACUGUUACCGACACGGUCGAAGAGCCUAUGCCACGAUGUCGGUUUGGGACAACUAUGAAAGUCAGCUUCGGUGGGAAGCAAAUAUAAUGGCAAUGAAUGCGCGAGUGCGGCUCUACCGCUGUGAUGGUGGUCGAUGUGUGCGUUGCGUAUAUGAAAAUGAGGCUGAUGGGAGGUGCAUGCACCCGGUGGACCUGUGACAGAAUAAAAGUGUUUGAAAUAUGUAUUCAGGUUGCAAAAAUCAACAAGUGUAAAUAAACAUCUGUAUUCAGUACAGGUUACAUAUUUCAGUAAGUAGAACAUUUUUAGAAGAAUACUUUUAGAACAGAGUGCUGGGCAAAAGUUAGAGGUCAUUCUUUGUUGCUUCUGAAGCCUCUAAUAUCAGCUGUUUAAGUGUUGAGUGUGUCACUCUUUCUCUUUAUUCCAGCUUCCAUUCUUUUCAGGAG